AUGCCGCCGAAUACUCUUGGCCCAGCCCUGGAAAAGGGGAUCUGGGUGGCAGUGGUCAUCGCUGCGGUGAUUGUGGUGUUACGAGUCUUUGCCAAAUUUCAAAUCAAACGUGUUGGUAUUGACGAUGGCUUGAUGAUUCUCGCCGAGCUCUUGGCUAUCGCGUCGACAGUAUUCUUGUCCUUAUCGGUCAAACAUGGAUUCGGGACAGACCUUUAUAGCAUGCCACGGAAGGACCUGCAAGAUGUCCUCAAGUAUAUCGCGAUUCAGGUGCCACUCGUCACACUCAGCACCACUUUCGCGCGCUCCGCAUUCAUUCUUUACCUUCUUCCUCUCCUCGGAACGAACAAGUAUCACCAGGCCGCCCUUUGGACUGUUUUGAUUAUACAGUUCGGCGCCAAUGUCGCAUCCGCAGUGCUACCACUGAGCAUCUGUCGCGAUGUUGCUGCGCUCUGGGACGCAGAGGUCGCGGCCACAACGAGCUGCGGUGACUCCGAUGCAGUGUUUAGAUUCGCAUACUUUUCCAACACAUUCAACUCAGCUACGGAUUUGUUCUUGGCUGUCUUUCCCGCAGUGGUAUUCUGGAAUUUGAAUUUGAGGCUGAGGAUCAAGAUUGGUUUGAUCAUCCUUCUCAGUCUGGGUGUCUUUGCUAUGGUUGCGUCCAUUAUCAAGACUACCAAACUCAACUCUGUGCCCAGCAUUACAAACAUGGGUGCCGCUGGCGGCAUCGAGCUCAUCCGCUGGGGAUACAUCGAAAACGUCAUUAUCAUCAUCACCUCCUCUAUCCCCUGUAUCCGUCCCCUGGUGAUUUCCUCUGUGCGAAAAAUUUCCAGUGGGAAGUUCACGCAUACCGAUGAACCUAGUACGCCAGCUGGUGGCAGUCCAUCCGUGGGCCCUAAGGAGGCUAAAGAGUCACCCCACGCCCGUGGCUUCGACCCCGAUGUUGAGGACAGUAGCGUUGAUCGCAUUCUGGAUGAUACUCGGAGUGUACAUACUAGUACAUCUGUUGAAGGUGCUGAAUCUCCUAGUUUCGAGUCUCCGGACUUUAAGAAGGAUGCUGGGAUUUCAGUUAUCACAGGUGCUGGCCAGUCUGUGACUGAGCCCAGGAGCAAUCUUUGA